UCAUCCCAUCUGUCAUCAAAUUGGAGCGUGUUAAUUUUAUAUGAAAUUCCCAAUAAAAAUAAAUAAUUAAAUAUCCCCUUUAUGACCAUAAAGGAGAAGAGAAGGAAUAAAGUACAAUCUGGGUAAAACAUCGCAGAAAGAAAGGUUGUGUUUUGUGUAAGGAAAUAAUGGAACAACAACAACAAAAAGAAAGAAAAAGGCUGAGAUUGGUACUCUUCCCUCUACCAGCACAAGGGCAUAUAAACCCAAUGCUUGAAUUGGCCACUAUUUUGCACUCCAAAGGAUUCUCUAUCACAAUCAUCCACAUCAACUUCAACUCCCCCAACCCCUCUAAUCAUCCUCACUUCACUUUCCACUCCAUCCCCCAUGGAUUACCAGACCACAUGCUCAAGCCCACCACCGGAAGUGGCACCAAAGAUGUCAUUUCUAUUAUUACCCAUCUCAACAUCACCACUGUUGAACCCUUUAGGGAGUGUUUGACCUCCAAUGCUUUGGAUGAUGAUGAGCCCGUUGCUUGCUUAAUCUCUGAUGCCAUGUUCCACUUCACUCGAGCUGUGGCUGACAGCCUUAAGCUGCCCAGGCUCGUUCUAAGAACAACAAGUGCCACUUCUUUCAACGUUUUUCCUGCGUUUCCACUUUUGCUUCAAAAGGGUUAUCUCCCAGUACAAGAUUCCCGACUAGAGGAGCCAGUGGUAGAAUUUCCACCUCUUAAAGUUAAAGACCUACCGGUGAUAGAAACGCAAUACCCAGAAAAAUUCUAUGAACUAAUAAGUAGAGUGGUGAGUGAGACUAAGGCCUCCUCAGGGAUCAUUUGGAACACAUUUGAAGAGCUUGAACAGUCUGCGCUAGACUCAAUAGCUAACCAGCUCUCGAUUCCAAUGUUCCCAAUCGGCCCAUUUCACAAAUACAACUUAGCCUAUUCUUCAAGUAGCUUCUUAGUAGAAGACCAAAGCUCCAUCUCAUGGCUCAACACUCAGCCACCGAAUUCAGUCAUCUAUGUGAGCUUUGGGAGUGUUGCAGUAUUGAGUGAGACUGAGUUCUUGGAGAUAGCUUGGGGUCUAGCCAAUAGUAAUCUGCCCUUCUUGUGGGUGGUUAGACCCAGGUCGAUCCAUGGCUCGGAGUGGCUCGAACUAUUACCAAAUGGGUUUUUAGAGAGUUUAAGGGGACGUGGGCACAUAGUGAAAUGGGCUCCACAACAACAAGUGCUGGCUCACUUGGCCGUUGGAGCAUUUUGGACUCACAGUGGGUGGAAUUCAACGAUGGAGAGUAUUUGUGAAGGGGUUCCAAUGAUCUGUAAGCCAAGUUUCAUUGAUCAAAAUGUGAAUUCAAGAUAUGUGAGCCAUGUAUGGAAAGUGGGAGUUAAGUUGGAGAAUGGGAUUUUGGAAAGAGGAGAUAUAGAGAGAAUGAUUACAAAAUUGAUGAGGGAGAAAGAAGGAGAGGAGAUAAGAUGCAGAGUAUCAAAACUGAAGGACAUGGCAAUAAGUUGCUUGAAACAUGGUGGUACUUCCUACAAAUAUUUAGAUAGCUUAGUUAACCACAUUCAUUCAUUAGCUCAUUUGAAUCCUCUUUAGUUUAUAACUGCUUAUAUACGUUGAUAUUGAUCUUCGACAAUUAUGUUCUCUUCCCUUUCAUUAUUUUCUAUGAUUUGGAAUUCUUUUGUUGUUUUCUUAUAAGUAUAUUUGUUGAUUUUUGGAGUGUUUUUUCAAGGUCCACCUAAAAUAUGCAAGAUAGUGUAACAUUGUUAAGGUAAA